AUGACGCCAAAGGCCCAGGAGCUUUCUUGGAGCGCCAGCCUGAACUUGAAGUCCAAGUACGCGGAGGAGGCCCAGAUCCAAGCGUUUGUGGUGGACUCCCGCAUUGCGCACCUGGAGGACAUCCAUGCGCAGAAGCAGUGCAGCUUUGAGGCAAGCUGGCAGAACUUCAGCGAGCGCGGGCAGGGCAGGCACCACCGGGUGCUGUCCUUCGCGAAGCUGGCGACCGGCUUCUUCCUCUGCGUUCAGCUCUUCCUAGGGGCAGUGGUCAUGUGGCGAUUCUUCUUCUUUGUCGACACUGGCAAGCUUUUGAGCCGAGUGAUCGUUGUGAAGUUCAUCCUGCAAGACUUCCCCCAGCAGAUCUGCAUCGCAGCUUACCUCUAUGCCUGGUACGCAGACAAUGGGCUGCGCUGCCAGAUGUGCUUGUUCCACCCCAAUCACUGCUCACGCCUGAGAGGGCGUUAG